GCUGAGACGUCACAUUCCUGCAUUCUCUUUGCCUGUGUCAGAGCCGGGUUUUUCUCCUGUGCACUGGGCAGUCAAACCUCCCUCAUCCAGGCAGGACUCAUGAACCUAAAGGCAGGAAUCUGACAUCCGGACCCUCUUCCCCCCGCCAGGCCGCCCUCUGCCCGAGCCUUGGACGGCCAGCCAGGCCCCCUCCAUUCUCAGCUCCUUACCUGGAGUGAUGGAAAACUCCUCUGUGGCAUCUGCCUCCUCUGAGGCAGGGAGUAGCCGAUCUCAGGAAAUCGAAGAGCUGGAGAGGUUCAUUGACAGCUACGUCCUUGAGUACCAAGUCCAAGGUUUGCUGACCGACAAAAUGGAAGGGGACGGGGAGAGUGAGAAAACGCAGUCCAACAUCUCGCAGUGGACAGCGGAUUGUAGUGAGCAGCUGGAUGACAGCUGUUCCUCGUCGAGAGGGAAGGGCUUACCGCCUCACGAACACAAUCAGGAAGAGUGGGAUCACAGCAGCAGUGGGAGUUCAGGAUCCCGGCCUAGUUCAGGCUCCAGGCCUGGGUCUGGAUCAAGGUCUGACAGCCAAGGGAGAAGCAGCCAGUUCAGUCAUUCAACCAAGAAUGGCAACAAAGACAACUCCCUGGACAUGUUGGGGACAGAUAUCUGGGCAGCCAAUACCUUCGAUUCCUUCAGUGGUGCAACCUGGGAUUUACAGCCUGAAAAGCUGGACUUCACACAGUUUCACAGGAAGCUCCGGAACAUCCCCAAACACACGCUCCCGCACAUAGACAGAGAAGGGCUUGGAAAACCGAAGCACGAGGAUGGAGACGGAAUCAACCUGAAUGACAUAGAGAAAGUCCUUCCCGUCUGGCAGGGUUAUCAUCCAUUGCCACAGGAAGCUGAAAUUGCACACACCAAAAAACUAUUCAGAAGAAGGAGAAACGACCGGAGGAGACAGCAGAGGCCUCCUGGAGGAAACAAAUCACAGCAGCAGCACACGGAUCAUCAGCAAGGUACUGCCAAACACAACAGGGAACACCAGAAACUCUACCAGGGAGGCCAACCCCCUCACUCCUCAGGGAGGCCAGGCCACCAUGGCUACAGCCAAAACCGGCGAUGGCACCACAACCAGAAGCACUCGCCCAACGACAGAGAAACGCACAGAAAUGCCAAAGAGACUGAGAAUUUGAAAAUCGAGGACGCCUCCAUCUGCACAGUGCACAUCCCCCUGGAGAUGCACCGGAGCACGGAGGUUGUGGAGAGACAGUCCCAGCAGUACAUUCAGGAACCAGAAACCAAGCGGAGAGACAGUGUUCAUGAGCGCGUUGGGGAAAGGCCAAAGGUCAAUUUGCUCCAGUCUUCCAAAGACAGACUGCGAAGGAGACUAAAAGAAAAGAUGCCUUGUCUUUCCCUUUUCACGGACCAGGACGAAGUGCCGGUGGAGGCAACCAACCCCCAAAAGAACAAAAUGGACAAAUUAAUUGAAAUCCUCAACAGCAUGAGGAACAACAGCAGUGAUGUGGACUCCAAGCUCACCACCUUCAUGGAGGAGGCUCAGAACUCCACCAACUCUGAGGAGAUGCUGGGCGAGAUUGUCAAGACCAUUUACCAGAAAGCGGUGACGGAUCGCAGCUUCGCCUCCACAGCCGCCAAGCUCUGUGACAAAAUGGCGCUCUUCAUGGUGGAGGGGACCAAGUUCCGAAGCCUGCUUCUCAACAUGCUGCAGAAAGAUUUCACAAUGCGGGAGGAGCUGCAGCAGCGCGACGUGGAGCGCUGGCUGGGGUUCAUCACCUUCCUCUGCGAAGUCUUUGGCACCAUGAGAAGCAACACGGGGGAGCCCUUCCGAGUCCUUGUCUGUCCCAUUUAUACCUGCCUCAGGGAGUUGCUGCAAUCUCUGGUGACUCUCAGCCAGCAGCCAUGGGAGCAAGUUUGA